AUGGGUGUCCCUGAGCAGAGUGUCCCUUCAGCACCUCCAGAUGACAUGUGGUCCGCUGAGGGACUCACUCCCGAGGAGGUCGAUGUUGCUAUGUUGGGUACCGAUGCAGCUCUACACACGGAGGAGGGGAAGUAUGCGACUUACUGCCACACGUACUUGAUGCCCCUACUGAUGGGUGUCUGUACUCCUACUAGGAGGGCAGCUGGUGCAGGGCCGCCUCCCGGGGAGUAUUCUGAUGAUCUGCUCGGAUUGGUGGCCUCACUUGAGGGCAUGGUCUUGCGGAGGGAAACACAGCUGUUCAUCGCCGGUGUUAUGAUGCCACCACUACAGGCUGGGCCAUCCAGGCCUUCUCGAGGAGCCGGGAGAGGGGACUCGUCUCGCAGACGAGGCAGGCGCAGAGCACCUAUCAUAAAUGAUAAGGAGUCCAGCGAGGAGAAGGAGUCGGCGCAUCCUCAGUCGGAGACAUCCGCAGGCAGGGAGGAGGACUCUGGCUCCGAUUCUGAGAGUGGAGAUGAUGACGAGGAGGGUUCCGAAGACGGCAGCUCCGAUUCGGAUGAUGGGGCUGAUGCAGAGGUCAUUCAGCCGAAGAGGACGAAGAAGGCCUCUUAUUCUUGCGCUUAA